UACAAUACUAUAUAUUCCCCGCCAUAUCCAGAUUCUGAAGUUAAAGAGAGAGAGAGAGAGAGAGCAAUCGGUGCAAAAGAUCUCCAUUUCCAAGCUUUACGUUGGGGUUUACUCACCACCAUGGGAGGAGGAGUCAUGAGAGCGGCGACGGCAUCGAAGGUCGCCGGAGUCAGUGGCGGCGUCAUCCUUCGCGGUCUUCGUGGCUCCCCGGCGGUGCCGCCCGUCGAGCAGGCCCUGCGCAAGUCCGCGAUGCCGGCUUCGGCGAUCCUCUCCUCGUCCUCGUCUUCAUCGGCGGCCAGGGCCACCGUCUCUGACGUGCCGCCGAUCCAGAUGCCGGCGUGGGAGAUGGACGGAUGGGAGGACGAUUUGGUCAUGACCGACGGGGAGCCGUUGCCUAGGGUCGUGUUCGCCGGAGCUCCGAGCUUUGAUGAAGCUAAGGAGGCCACAAUUGAAUUGAAAGAUGCUUUGGAUAAGGUGUAUUUGUCUCCGCAUGAAUCCUCUGAAUCUGGGGAAGUAGUUGCUGCUAAUCAGUUGUCUGGUCUGUCUCUGUGUUCGGACCCCAACUCGGAGACUAAAACUUGUCUUAUUGUCGACACUGGAAGAGGCCGUCCGGUUCCAAAUCAUGCUCUCAAGGCAUUCAAGUUUCUUAGUAGAAGCUCUGAAGCACAGACUGUUGUAGCGUCCCUUGCCACAGAUCUAAACGUCUGGAAUGCUGUCAUGCAAAAUCCGGUGCUUCAAGAUUUCAUGCAGGCAAACAAGAACAAUCCCGAGUUUCAAGAGCAAGUGUUUCCCGAGAACGUCGAGAAGUCGUCUGAAGGCAUGGAGACUGGAGACUCAGAGAAUUGGUUCAUGAGUAUGCUGGAGAACUUCAAAGUUACCGUGGUUGAGCUGGUCAGCAACCUCUCAAGUUCUUUUCAAAACAUAUUUGGAUUUUCUUCCGAUGUCAAUGAAAAUAUAAAAUCAACUGCCACGGAUAUCACCCUCGGAGCAUCCUUCAUGGGACUGGUGACGCUGGUUGUUAUGGUGGUUCUGCUGAAACGUGUUUAGACAAUACUAUCUAGGUCGUCUCUUUCAACUUGUCGAAUUUACAAAUAAAAGCUGUGUUAUCUCUUUGGAUGGCGCUUAUUAUGUAUAAAAAUUAUAGCAUGAUACUGAACUCGAGCUUUGAGCCUCUUUAACUUUUUCAAUCAGCCAUUACUGUUCUCAUUGUCAUCAUGGCUCAGAUAGUAUGUUUAUCCAGUAAUUAGUCUGUUCUUGUAAUUAGCUCUAUGUUUGUAUCAGAUAUGGUCCAAUACAGUUUAAUGGCAUUAUGUGGUCGUUGUUGGAAAA